AUGAGUUUCUUAUCUUGGCCUUCUAGCCAUUCAUGGCAACCCACCAUGAGUUCAGACACCACUACUCUUAGUUAUUGGUUGAAUUGGAGGUUCUUGUUUUGUGCUCUAUGGAUUUUAGGAUCCAUGGCUCUAGCAUUUUUUUUAAUAUUCAAGUAUGAAGGAUUCAAUAAAUCAAGAUCAAAUAGUGGAGAAAAUGAAGGAGAAGAAGCCGGACUGUUACAUGAGGAUGAGGCAUGGAACACCUGUCUCGAAGGAAUUCAUCCUUCAUGGCUGCUAAUUUACAGAGUAAUUUGUUUCAUUGUGCUUUUGGCUUUGAUCAUUGCCAGUGUGGCUGCAGAUGGAGGAGCCAUAUUUUACUUCUACACUCAAUGGACUUUUACAUUGGUCACACUUUACUUUGGGAUGGGAUCAUAUUUCUCGUUAUAUGGAUGCUCCCUGGAACAAAAUAAAUUUGGGAGCAACACACUGAAUUUAGACGCAGAAGUUGGCAUUCCCACGCAUCAUCGCAAAAUUGCUUCUUUAUGGGGUUAUGUUUUUCAAAUAAUAUUUCAGACUUGUGCAGGUGCCGUAGUGCUAACUGAUUCAGUGUUCUGGUUCAUCCUUUAUCCUCUUCUUACCUCCAAAGAUUACAGUGUUGAUUUUUUGAUAUUUUGUAUGCACUCAUUGAACGCGCUUUUUCUCCUCGGUGACACUUCUUUGAAUUGCAUGAGAUUUCCAAUGUUUAGAUUUGCAUACUUUGUCUUGUGGACAGCUACUUUUGUGAUUUUUCAGUGGAUCAUCCACGUUUGCGUUUCACUUUGGUGGCCCUAUCCUUUCCUUGACCUAUCAUCCUCAUAUGCACCCUUAUGGUACUUGGCUGUGGCUUUGAUGCACUUUCCAUGCUACGGAGUCUUCGUUUUGAUAGUGAGGGUGAAACAAUUGUGGUUAUCAAGAUCAUUUCCUGACUCUUCCCGGUUUGAAAGGUGA